AAAUCGAUCAUUAUCUAACAGGUGAUGUCAUCACCGUCACGAUCUCUGUUUAACCUGUGCCAACGUUGGAUUGAUAAUGAUGUAGUUUAUGAGGAUUGGGGACCACAAGAUAGGGUAGGCCAGAAUGGUAACAAUGAAGUUAAUGAGGGAGAAGAGGAAGGUAACAUAGGGAACGUAACCCAAGAUAGGCCAAUUGGUGGUAAUAAGGGUAAAUUUGGAAAUUCAUUUGAAAGAGGUGAAUGCAGUAAUAGAGGUGGCUGUGAAGAAGAGUGUUCUAUUGAUGAUUGGAGCUCAACAGAUGAAGAAGCAGAUCCUGUUGAUGGUAGUGACAGAGAUGAUGAUGAAGCCAUUGCUGUGAAGGCUACUGCAAGGUCUCUAAGGAGACCAACAAAAGGAUUAGAAGUUCCUCCAGGUUUUGAGGGUUCAAAAACAAGGGUUAGGUACAAAACUGUUGCAAAGAAACCAACUCCUAGAUAUACUCCCACAAAGAAAGCAACAGAUCCAACCUCAACAUCUACAAGCAAAGGGGUUCCAAUAGAUCUUGUUGAGAAGGCCAGAAGCAGAAAGGAAAAGGCCAAGCUUGCAGAGAAGAGUGAUAAUGAUGGGAGAGAUAGUGAAUAUGCUCCAAGUGAUGAUGCUGGCAAGUUGAGGGACUCAUCAACAGAUUCUGAAGAUGACAUUUUUCCUGCUCCUAGGGCAGCAGAUAGACCAAGAAGAGCUGCAAAUGUCUACUUUAAUCCUGCUUGGGAUGUCCCUAUUUUUGAAGUUGGAAUGAGGUUUCAAAGUUCCAAACAAUUCAAGGAAGCAGUCAAACGUUAUUCUGUGAGGAAAGGAUGUCCUCUUAUACACAUUAGGAAUGAACCUAAAAGGCAAAGGUUUGUUUGCAAGUCUGGUUUGUGUAGCUGGGAGAUUUAUGCUUCAUUUGAGAAAAGGGACGACGGUUGCAAGGUAAAGAGUUACUACCCUGAACACACUUGCUUUAGAAAUCCUAACAACAAGAUGAUGACUUGUGAGAUGGUGGCUGAGUACUUUAAAAGUAGAAUUUAUGCCACUCAUUUCAUAAAAUGUAAAGACAUGAUGACAUUUGCUUAUAAUGAGCUUAGGGUAAAUGUCAACUUCAAGAAAUGUGAAAAGGCAAAAAGAAUGGUUUUAAAGGAGAUGGAAGGAAAUUACAGAGAUGAGUAUGCUAUGAUUAAUGCGUUUGGGAUGUAUUUGAAAGAAGUAAACCUUGGGAACUCAGUUUUUAUUACAACUGAUGAGAAUUCUGCUGGUAAAAGAGUGUUUAGUAGGAUGGAAUAUGCAAGGGCAUAUUGUUAUUUGCUGUUGAUAGAGAUGGAAAUAACCAGAUGUACCCAAUUGCAUGGGCUGUCGUUGAGUCAGAAAACAAUGAUUCUUAGCAAUGGUUCAUGGAAAAAGCUUGUAAAUGAUUUGGAGUUGGGCGAUGGACAUGGUUACACCAUGAUUUCUGAUAGACAUCCAGGCGUUAUUAAUGCAAAGGCAGAGGUAUUACCAUUGAUUUGGCAUAGAUAUUGUGCAAGGCACUUCUACUGCAAUCUUGCAAGGCGAAAUAGAGGUGAUGACAUCAAGCUUGCAUUUUGGUUGGCAUGUAGGGCAACCAAUGAGUUCGACUAUCUGGACAAAAUGGAUGCUUUGAGGGCGUUGUCUGAGGAGGCUUAUGCUGAACUGAAUGAACUACCUGACAAAAAGUUGUUUGUUGAUACAUGGGCAACUAAUAUUGCACCUAGAGUUCUGAAGAAGAUCAAUGAUAAUAAUAACCUGUCAAUGAAAUGCAAUGUGAGGUGGAAUGGUGACAAUGACUUUGCUGUGUUUGAUGGGCAUACACAGCAUACACAUGUGGUCAAUGUCCAUGAAAGAAAUUGCUCAUGUAGAGAAUGGAACCUCACUGGAAUUCCUUGCUCAUACGCUCUUUGUGCAUUAAGAUUCAAAGAUUGGAGUUUUGAGUACUUUGUUGAUGAGUACUACAAAAAGGAAAAGUACCUUCAAACUUAUGGGACAGCACUAGAAUGCCUCAGAGGGAACGAAGUGUUGAGAAGGAGGCCAGAAGGAGGAUGUUUGCCAUUGGAGAUGAGAUCAAUGCCAGGGCGCCCUAGAAGGAAUAGAAGAAGGGCAAAGGAUGAGCCUUUGAAACUGAAGAAGGGGAAAUUGACCAAGUUAUCAAAGCAUGGAUCUGUGUACACUUGUAGUGUGUGUGGUGAACAAGGGCACAACAAAGCUGGAUGUCCACAGAAAGACAAACAAGCAGGCCCUAAUCAAACCAAGGUCAAGAAAACAAGUAAAAAGAGUUCAAAUCCCACACAAAAACCAAAAGCAACAAAAAAGAGCACAAAGUUCAUGGAGGUUGCUGGCAUUGUCAUUGAUGAAGGCAAAGCGGAAGUGCAGAACAAACAGGGUUCGAAAAGAAAGGGAAAGGAUAAGGCUUGAGAAAGCAUGAAGGCUGUAUUUUGUUUGGCAUGACUACUUUUUUGUUUAUUGGCAGUGUAUACAGUUACUGAUUUGGCCUUUAAUGUUAGGCCUUAAUGUUAUACUCUUAUUUAUGUAUGAAAAAUGUAUUUAUGUGCUAGUGAACUCUGAACAACCUAUUGGUGCUAUGAAGUACAAUGUUCUUUUGGUUCUUUUAUUUGUUACAAAAUGUUUAUCAUCUGCUGUUAUUUUACAGUU